UAGCUGGGUAUAUUUAGCUGAUUGCAUUAUCGGAUCAGAUUUAGCCUGCAGUCCAGCAGAGUAGUGAACGUUAUUCCAGGCGAAUUCUGACUAGUAGUUAGCCAAGUAGUUAAGCUAACGUGAACAGCCUCCAUCUCUUUUCAGAAAAGUCUAGGUUAUCUGUAAGCGAAAGCGAAAACAAACCAUUUCGGACAUGUCUUCAGACGAAGACAGGGCCAAGGAAAUUUUGAAGGGCUUCAAACUAAACUGGAUGAAUCUUCGGGAUGCAGAGACGGGCAAAGUGCUGUGGCAGGGAACGGAGGACCUCUCUGUACCGGGAGUAGAGCACGAAGCUCGUGUCCCAAAGAAGAUCCUGAAGUGUAAAGCAGUGUCCAGAGAGCUCAACUUUUCUUCCUCAGAGAAACUGGAGAAGUUCAGACUGGAGCAGAAAGUUUUCUUCAAAGGACAGUGUUUAGAAGAGUGGUUCUUUGAGUUUGGUUUCGUUAUCCCCAACUCCACCAACACAUGGCAGUCUCUGAUAGAAGCGGCUCCAGAGUCCCAGAUGAUGCCAGCCAAUGUUUUAACUGGUAAUGUUAUCAUAGAGACCAAGUUCUUCGACGAUGACCUGCAUGUCAGUACUUCCAGGGUACGGCUUUUCUACGUCUGACAUUUACCCCCCCGAGUCUACUUUCCUGAAUGCUGACGCCCUGCCAAGGUCUGUAAAUUCCCAAGGUUAGCUACAAUUCGCAGUGGUAAAGAGCUCAUUGCUGACGUGGGAUCAGCAUGUUGGGGUGAAACCCAGCUGUGGCGCCACAAUCAGUCAAGUGAACUCGUGUUCUCUAGUUUUGUGUCGACUUGAAAACCUCUGGACCUUGGAAGAAGAGGGAAGAGGAGGAGAGAGAACUCGAUUGCUUCCCCUGUUCCAGGAUCACCUCUCUCUGUUUUCCCCUUCAGACUGUUUCACUGUAAACACGUGAUCACUGAUCUCAAGUCAGCUAGGGAAGCCCUCUGAAAUGACCCGAUUUGUGUUUUUUCUUUUUUGUAGUGCUGCCCUAUCUCACUCCCAGGUAGCAUUUACUCAGGAACAGAACAGAUGUGUAACCUUCUGUGAAUAGAUAUCAUGUUUUCUAAUCUCCAUGUAUCAUGUCAUGUCUGGUCAAAGAUGGACUGUUGUUGUUAAGGGAAGAUGAUGCACUCAAGCAGGGGUGGGGGAACUCCAGGCCUCAGGGGCCAGUGUCCUGCAGGUUUUAGAUAUCAGCCUAGGUCAACACACCUGAAUAAAAUGAUUAGUUCACUACCUCUGGAGUGGCCUCUGGAGAACUUCAAGACAUGUUGAGGAGGUAAUUUAGCUAUUUAAAUCAGCUGUGUUGGAUCAAGAAUACAUCUAAAACCUGCAGGACACCGGCCUUUGAGGCCUGGAGUUCCCCCACCCCUGCACUAGAGGGACGGAUGAGAUGAAAGCUCUCAUUGUCAUUUUAGGUGCUACAAAUUUUAUUGACAACUCAGAUAAAAUGUAUAAACCUGUUACAAUGAACACUGCAUAUUUUACAUAAUUCAAAUAUUAAGUAGUAUAGCCUUGAGGCGACUGUUGUUGUGAUCUGGCGCUAUAUAAAUAAAAUUGAACUGAAUUGAGCUCAUUUCCUCUGGCUGCGUCCCGUUUCAGAGGCUGUCUGUGAGCUCCCACAUUUCUCACAUGGUAUGUCUUUAUUAUAAGGGUGACAUUCCAAAGCAGGUGAAAUGCAGCCUCCUUCCUGCAUUUGAGCAACAGAAGGAGCACAACCUGUGCACUCUUCUCCUCCUCAGAUGGUCAAUGUUUUUUUUCUAGUCAUUGAUUAGAAUUGCUUGGUUUUUAUUGGAGAAAUGGAAGAAAUAUACAUUUGUGGAUAUAUUUAUCUUUACACAUUAACCCAUUGGUAAUGUUUCACUUUGAUGAGUUGAUGAGGCCCGUCUAACACUGCAGUGCUCAUCCCCUGUUAGUUUUCUAAAGCACUAACCUUAGCACGCUGACUCGUGACUGGGACAAACCCGCUUAACGUAAUGUUUGCAACAGUGGUUUCAAUGUAGUCUGAUAGAGGGCUACACAUGUUUGCUUGUUUUUUUUUCACUCCUCCAUGAAUUGUUAAAAUGAAACCUUCACACAGUUAUGACAUAAUUAAAAACUGUUGUUAUUCAUUGGUAGAACAAAACAAGCUUUUAUUCCAUUAAAUUAUGUUUUAAUUGACCUUCACAUGACUUAAUUCUGAUAUUUCACUUUGAAUAAAAUCAUUAUCAGGGUGAAACCAAAACAUGCGUCAUUUUAUCUUAGCUAGAUCCAGAUGGUAACAGCAGCUUAAAUUCUUUUACAACAUCUUUGCUUUGCAUAUUCUCACUAGAUUUUUAGCUUUGGCUUCCUGUGUAGUUCACACAUUCACCUCGUUAUGUGUUUUUCUUAGCUCCUAUCUGGGCUUUGUAAAAUAGAUUUGUGUUGUAAUAUAAUGGGAGGUGUGGAUUAAAGUUACAUGAUGUUGGAAUAA